AUGAAGGGGGUCGAUCUGAAGACGAUGAGAGUCCCCGAGGACAGCCAGAGCGACGUCUUCGUCCUCGGUCCCGUAUCUAUCGUUGUAGAUGAAAUCCCAGAUCACCUGGAACCCUUCCUUCGAGACGUUUGGCAGAGGAACCAGCUUACUCCAAAAUCCCGUCAUCUUGAUGAGGAACAUAUGUUUGAAGACGGGCGAAGCCGAGGCCAGGACGAAACGGCUUCCGUAGUAUUUGGCGUCUUGAACCUCGAUGAUGACGUCACAAAGGACAUUCUGCUCUCGGGAGUUCUUGGCGAAGCCUUGGGCAAGGAAGCGAUAUUGGGUCUCCGUUUUGGGGCACUUUCCGUCAUGACGUUUCGUUUCAACCAUGGCAGUUUAGUCAAGAAUGUAAGAACCAAUGUCUUCCACUACAUGUCUCCACUUUCCAUCCAGGGAAUGAAUUCCGCCUUGGUAGAACGAUGCGGGCUGACACUCAAAGAACUGUCGCAAGUAGCAUUCGAGGUCUCUCUGGUCGUCGAACUUUUCCUCUUUGAGGCGGUUCUGCAGGGGAAUAGAUGCAGUGCGACAGAAUCCAAUCCAAAAUUCCAGGAUGUGACCAAAAAGGAUUUGAAUUAAGCCCUUUAUUCAUUGCUGAAAAAUGCCCCUUAAAGACUUCAACAAGCAGAAGCCAAGCACACUAGAAAUAAAGUAAGUGAUCCAAACUUUGCUACCAGAAUUAUUCUUCCGCUUUCAGGUGGAAAAUGCCC